AUGUCAGCUAAAGAUUCAAAGAGUUCGACGAAAUCUCCGGCUAAUUCAUCGCCGUCACAGCGGCCUGGUGUGCCGAGUAGUAGAUCGACCAUCGCCUUAGAGCCAACCUUUGCUUCUCCGUCCACUGGUUCAACAACGAGUUCAACCGUACUCCAACCUGUCAGCGCCGUCAGCACAUCGGCAGCAAUUGAUGCUGGUGCCAUCUCCCCGCAGCUUGUUCAGCAGAUCGUUUCAUCACAACGGUCUCGUGUGCAGAUUGGUAGUUCGACCAUCUCCCUAGAGCCAACCUUUUCUUCUCUCUCCACAGGUUCAACAACGAGCUCAACCGUACUCGAAACCGUCAGCGUCGCCAGCACACCGGCAACGCCUGAUGCUGGGACCAUCUCCCCGCAGCUUCUUGAUCAGAUCGCGUCAUUACAGCGGCCUCGUGUGCAGACUCGUAGUUCGGCCAUCUUCUUAGAGCCAACCAUUGCUUCUCCGUCCACUGGUUCAACGAGCUCAACCGUACUCGAAACCGUCAGCGUCGCCAGCACAUCGGCAGCGCCUGAUGCUGGUACCAUCUCCCCGCAGCUUCUUAAUCAGAUCGCGUCAUUACAGCGGCCUCGUGUGCAGACUCGUAGUUCGGCCAUCUUCUUAGAGCCAACCAUUGCUUCUCCGUCCACUAGUUCAACGAGCUCAACCGUACUCGAAACCGUCAGCGUCGCCAGCACAUCGGCAGCGCCUGAUGCUGGUACCAUCUCCCCGCAGCUUCUUAAGCAGAUCGUGUCAUUACAGCGGCCUCGUGUGCAGACUCGUAGUUCGACCAUCUCGUUAGAGCCAACCAUUGCUUCUCCGUCCACUGGUUCAACGAGCUCAACCGUACUCGAAACCGUCAGUGUCGCCAGCACAUCGACACCGCUUGAUGCUAGUACCAUCUCCCCGCAGCUUCUUAAGCAGAUCGUGUCAUUACAGCGGCCUCGUGUGCAGACUCGUAGUUCGACCAUCUCGUUAGAGCCAACCGUUGCUUCUCCGUCCACUGGUUCAACGAGCUCAACCGUACUCGAAACCGUCAGCGUCGCCAGCACAUCGACACCGCUUGAUGCUAGUACCAUCUCCCCGCAGCUUCUUAAGCAAAUCGUGUCAUUACAGCGGCCCCGUGUGCAGACUCGUAGUUCGACCAUCUCGUUAGAGCCAACCAUUGCUUCUCCGUCCACUGGUUUAACGAGCUCAACCGUACUCGAGACCGUCGGCGUCGCCAGCGCAUUGGCUGCGUCAGAUGCUGGUACCAUCUCCCCGCAGCUUCUUGAGCAGAUCGUGUCAGCGGUUACAUUAAAUUGCAUUGCAUACUUUAUUGUGUUCCCUGAAUAG